GCAGAGACGGACCAAACCAGCUUUCUGUCAUAAGGUUUAGUUGGGCGUCAAAGCUUAGCUGGUCACAUGACACAGAGACCAACAACCUAGCUGUACUGUGCCACCAUUGAAGACGUGCUCUGAUUUCUCGGCUAGCGGAAGUGGUUCCAGGCGAGGUUUCGACUGGAAUGUUCAGAAGUCGUGUCCACACCCAGCUAGACGGUCAAGUAAGAAACGGUUACGCCACUGCUAGAUCUAGAAGGGAAUCUGCACCCAGCUGUAUGAAAUAUGCGAACACCCACCCGAUGGCGUCCCAACACCCCUACAUCUCCACACGCCAGCGAAACUACAACAACCACUGCCAGAACCUGCAGGAGUAUGACAGUCAGACCGUCCUCGGCAUCAUCGCCGAGCUGGGCUCUGAGAGCAACGCACACGGGCUCGCCAAGAUCGUCACCUCGCGAGACACCAAACGGAAAGUGAUCUGGGCCUUGUUGGUCAUCAUUGGCUUCACGGCCGCCACGCUGCAGCUGUCGCUGUUGGUCAGGAAAUACCUGCAGUUCCAGGUGGUCGAGCUGUCAGAGAUCAAGGACAGCAUGCCGGUCGAGUACCCCUCCGUCACUGUCUGUAACAUAGAACCCAUCUCCCUGAGGAAACUGCGGGAGAUACACAGUCGCGAUACAACCAAAGUCAUACAGAAGUGGUUGCAUUUUUUGGACAUAGUAACCUUUAAUGAGCGGGCGUUUAUGAACAGUAUCCGAGCGUUCUACGAAAACCUGGGAGACGAGGCUAAAAAAAUCAGCCACGAUCUCGGUGAUUUACUGAUACAUUGCAGAUUUAACAGAGAGCUGUGCUCCGUCCAGAACUUUACAUCGUUUUUUGAUGGGAACUAUUUUAACUGUUUUACAUUUAAUGGGGGGCAAUUAAAAGAUAAACUACAGAUGCACUCAACAGGACCAGAGAACGGACUGUCGCUAGUUAUAUCUGUAGAAAAAGAUGACCCCAUACCCGGUACGUAUGGCGUAUACAACUUUGAAAACAAUAUCAUGCACAGUGCAGGGAUAAGGGUGGUAGUCCACGCUCCUGGUUCCAUGCCCAGCCCCGUAGAUCACGGCUUUGACAUCCCACCGGGAUAUUCAUCGUCUGUAGGUCUCAAAGCUUUGCUUCACAGCCGCUUACCUGAGCCGUACGGCAACUGUACAGAGGGGUCCCUGCAAGGCAUGCACACGUACAGAAACACCUUCUUCGCCUGCCUGCAGUUGUGUAAACAAAAGCUCAUCAUAGCCCGCUGUGGCUGCAAGUCUUCAGCCCUGCCCGACCUGCCCAACGUUAACGUCUCCUUCUGCGGCGUCAUCUCAAACUGGCUCGGGUUUUUCAUGGAGGUGAGAAAGAUGAACAUGAGCGAACCUCCGCUCGUCCCCAUCCCCGCCCUCGAGUGCGAGGAACGGGUCCAGCAUGAGGUGAACAACGACCGGGCGUACGAGGCGACCUGCCAGUGCUACCAGCCGUGUAGCGAGACGUCCUACCUCAAGUCUGUGUCCUUGUCCUACUGGCCACUCGAGUUCUACCAGGUCAACGCAGUGGAGAAAUUUUUCGGCAUAAAGGAUAAUUCAGGCAAGCAAAAAUUCAUGGAAAAGGCUUUUAAGAUUCUAGACAAACAACGAAAUAUAACACAAACCCCAACCAAAAAACUAAGGACGGCGCCGGAUAAGAAUCAGAGGAAGGAGGCUAACGAAGCUUCAGACUACAUUCGACAAAACAUGCUCAGACUAAACAUAUACCUGGAGGACCUGAGCGUGGUAGAGUACCGGCAACUUCCGGCUUACGGCCUGGCCGAUCUGUUCGCCGACAUAGGCGGCACGCUGGGCCUGUGGAUGGGGAUCUCCGUGCUGACCAUCAUGGAGCUGGUCGAGCUGGUCAUCCGCCUGAGCGGGCUCAUGUUUAACGUGGAGAAGAAGGGCCCGCCGCCCCCCAAACAGGCCAGCAUCAGGAAACACGUCGGCUACCAGACGUCCAAAACAAACGCCCAUUUAUACAGGGCUGCCACGCUGGAGAAAAACUACCCGGAUCCCUACGCCCCUGAGACCGACUUCCGGCGGGGUGCUGACGCUACCGUAUGAUAGCUGGCCUCGUGUGGGAGCCCCAGCUACUUGUACAUAAGACUCACGGACCAAACUCUAAACAAUGUCGCCAGAACACUCCUAGGCCCGUCAACACU